CUGCUUUACAGCCGAGCCGGCUCCGUCCCGGCCCCGCCGUUCCACCGGCCCCGCCGUGCCACCGGGCCGCUCUGUGGGCGCGGGGGCGGCUGCGGCUCCCGGCGCCUGCCCCGCUGCUGCGGCCGCUCCGCUCGGCUCCGCUCCCCCUGAGCAUCGUCCCCACGUCCCCGCUGCGGCUCCCCGGCCGGCCGGGGGGGCUGGCAGGGCCGGCGGCGGGUGUCGGGGCCGGGGAUGCGGCGGCCCCGCCGAUGGUGAGCCGCCGCCGGGCCCCGCCGCAGCAUGGCCCCGCCGGCCCCGAGAGGAUGUUCGAGGGCUGCCGGCGGGCGCGGAGCCUGUGGGGCGGCGUCAGGCUGGAGGUGGCCGGGGAGAGCAGCCCCGUGGUGCUGCACAGCUUCACGCAGCUCGACCCUGACCUGCCGCCGCUGGAGAGCUCCACACAGGAGAUCGGAGAAGAGCUGGAGGAUGGUGUGAUCUACAGCAUAUCCCUCCGGAAAGUGCAGCUCCAUCACACGGCAAACAAAGGGCAGCGCUGGCUGGGGUUUGAGAAUGAGUCGGCCUUAAACCUCUACGAGACGUGUAAGGUGCGGACGAUAAAAGCCGGGACCUUGGAGAAGCUGGUGGAGUACCUGGUAUCAGCCUUCAAGGGCAAUGAUUCCACCUAUGUCACCAUCUUCCUGUGCACCUACCGGGCCUUCGCCACCACCAAGCAAGUGCUGGACCUGCUGCUUAACAGGUAUGGCAAACUCCACGUGCAGGCGAACGGGGACCACGCCAGGCACACUGUGGACGAGAGGAUGGAGCUGAAGAACACCAUCUCCUCCAUCCUGGGGGCCUGGCUGGACCAGUACUCGGAGGAUUUCCGCAAGCCCCCCGACUUUGCCUGCCUCAAGCAGCUCAUCUCCUACGUGCGCCACAACAUCCCUGGCUCUGACCUGGAGCGCCGAGCCCGCAUCCUGCUGGCCCAGUUCCAGCAGCAAGAGCAGAACGAGGCCGAGGCAGAAGCUGUGGACCAUAGCAGCUGCACCUUCCAGCUGGUAGAAGAGAAUGGAGUUGGGGAUGGGAAGCCGGAUUUCCUCUCCUUCUCCCCAGAGAUGGUUGCAGAGCAGUUCACACUGAUGGAUGCUGAGUUGUUCAAGAAAGUGGUGCCUUACCACUGCCUGGGCUGCAUCUGGUCCCAGAGGGACAAGAAGGGCAAAGAACACCUGGCCCCCACCAUCCGUGCCACGGUCUCCCAGUUCAACAGUGUGGCCAACUGUGUCAUUGCCACCUGUCUCGGGGACAGGUCCCUGAAGCCACAGCAGAGGGCCAAGGUGGUGGAGCACUGGAUCGAAGUGGCUCGGGAGUGCCGCAUCCUGAAGAACUUUUCCUCCCUCCGAGCCAUCCUCUCUGCCCUGCAGUGCAACGCUGUGCACCGGCUGAAGAAAACCUGGGACGAGGUCCUGCGGGAGAGCUUCCGCACAUUUCACGAGCUCUCAGGGAUCUUCUCCGAUGAGAACAACCACUCGCUGAGCCGGGAGCUCCUCAUCAAGGAGGGCACAUCCAAAUUUGCCACCUUGGAGAUCAACCCAAAGAGGGCUCAGAAGCGGCAGCAGCAGCAGCGAGAGAUGGGCGUGAUGCAGGGCACCAUUCCCUACCUUGGCACAUUCCUCACAGACCUGGUGAUGCUGGACACGGCCAUGAAGGAUUUCCUGGAUAGUGGGCUGAUAAACUUUGAGAAGAGAAGGAAGGAGUUUGAAGUCAUCGCGCAGAUCAAGCUGCUCCAGUCAGCCUGCAACAACUACAGCUUCACACAGGAGGACCAGUUUGUGGAGUGGUUCCAUAGCCUGGAGCGGCUCAGCGAGGCCGAAAGCUAUGGGCUGUCCUGUGAGAUUGAGCCACUGUCAGAGUCAGCCAGCAACACGCUGAAGGCCAAGAAAAACACCGGCAUCAUCAAGAGAUGGAGCGACCGGCAGCCACCAAGCACUGAGCCCUGUGCCAGCAGCAGCUCCCACUCAAAAUCCUUCGACCAGCUCAAGUGUGGGCAGUACCUGUGCAGCGGGGACGCCACCGACUCGGUGAGCGUCACCUCUGCCGGCUCCAGCAGCUCCGAUGUGGAGGAGAUCAACAUCAGCUUCAUCCCCGAGUCCCCUGACUGCCAGGAGAAGAAGGUCAGUGAGAUCCCUCUGGCCUCCCUCCCCCAGCGCUGGUACGCCCCGUCUGUGGCCGAUGGAGAAGCUAAACCCACUGUGUCCUCCGCAUCCCCUCUCCUCCCUGCCCUCCAGUUCUGGGAAUCCACCUCCCUCUCUUCCCUGGACACGUCAGGCAUCGGCUCAGGCUCCAGCAGUGCCUCCUCCUCUUCUGUCUCCUCCACGCCGGUGACGGCCUCCCGCACACACAAGCGUUCGGUCUCCGGCAUCUCCAGCUACUCCUCACUCUCGCUGCCCCUCUACAACCAGCAGGUCGACGACUGUUGCAUCAUCCGAGUCAGCCUGGCUGUGGACAAUGGCAACAUGUACAAGAGCAUCCUGGUGACGAGCCAGGACAAGACCCCCGUGGUUAUUCGCAAGGCCAUGGCCAAACACAACCUGGAUGGGGACCGGCCUGAAGACUAUGAGCUUGUCCAGAUCAUCUCAGAGGAGAGAGAGCUGAAGAUCCCCGACAACGCCAAUGUCUUCUACGCCAUGAACUCCGCCGCCAACUACGACUUUGUGCUUAAGAAGCGGGGCUUCUCCAAGGGGGUGAAGAUCAAACACGGCUCCAGCUCCACCCUGCCCAGAAUGAAGCAGAAAGGCCUGAAGAUCGCCAAGGGCAUCUUCUAGCCUCAGCCC